CGCCGGCGCGCUCUGCUCGCCAGGUGCUCCGCCUGGAAAUGUCUCCAUUAGUUGUCGUCUGCUCCCCGCUGGAGCGCACGCGCCAAGCGGCCGCAAGGAGCCCUCGUGGCCGACCGGGAGUGACCCAGAGCCACCGCAGCGCCUAGAAUCCCGCAGCCCCAGAGCAGUGGCCGCGCCUCGCCGGCCGCUGAGCAGGACCUCGUGGCCCGGCCAGUCAGCCCUGGGCCGCACCCGCCAUGUCCUAUCCGCAGUUCGGAUAUCCCUACUCCUCCGCUCCCCAGUUCCUGAUGACCACCAACUCCCUGAGCACGUGCUGCGAGUCGGGCGGCCGCACCUUGGCCGACUCGGGACCCGCAGCCUCGGCCCAGGCGCCGGUCUACUGCCCGGUCUACGAGAGCCGGCUGCUGGCCACCGCGCGCCACGAGCUCAACUCGGCCGCCGCGCUCGGCGUCUACGGGGCCCCAUACGGCAGCUCUCAGGGCUACGGCAACUACGUGACCUACGGCUCCGACGCAUCUGCCUUCUACUCUCUGAACAGCUUUGACUCCAAGGACGGGACAGGAUCUACGCACGGGGGCCUGGCCCCAUCCGCUGCGGCCUACUACCCAUACGAGCCCGCUCUGGGCCAGUACCCGUAUGACAGGUACGGGACCAUGGACAGCGGCACGCGGCGGAAGAACGCCACGCGCGAGACCACGAGCACCCUCAAGGCCUGGCUGCAGGAGCACCGCAAGAACCCCUACCCCACCAAGGGCGAGAAGAUCAUGCUGGCCAUCAUCACCAAGAUGACCCUCACGCAGGUGUCCACCUGGUUCGCCAACGCGCGCCGACGCCUCAAGAAGGAGAACAAGAUGACGUGGCCGCCACGGAACAAGUGUGCGGACGAGAAGCGAACCUAUCCAGAGGGCGAGGAAGAGGAAGGGGGCGAGGAGGAGGUGCAGGAGGAGCCCCUCAAGAGCGUCAAGAACGAAGAGCCUGCAGGCAAAGGGGAGAAGGAGCUAGAGCUCAGCGACUUGGACGACUUCGACCCGCUGGAGACGGAGACCCGGGAGUGCGAGCUGAAGCCUCCCUUCCAGCCCCUAGACGGCGGCCUGGAGCGCGUCCCUGCCGCGGCCGACAGCAGGGGAAAGGAAGCCUCGGGCGUCCUCCGGGUGCCCCUGGCCGCCGGGGGCGGAGCCGCUUUAGACGAGGACCUGGAGAGAGCCCGGAGCUGCCUCCGGGGUCGGAGUGCAGCGGGGCCGGAGCAGCAGCGGGGCGCAGAGGGCGGCCCACAGGCCUGCGAAGCCAAGCUGGGCUUUGUGCCGGCUGGGGCGACAGCGGGCCUUGAGGCCAAGCCGCGCAUCUGGUCACUGGCCCACACGGCCACCGCGGCCGCCGCCAGCACUGCCCUGAGCCAGACUGAGUUUCCCUCCUGCAUGCUGAAGCGCCAAGGCCCUGCCGCAACUGCCCCCGGGUCCUCCGCAACCGCCGCGUCCUCGCCUGCCGCCCCGCCCCCCUCCGGGCCUCUGGACAGGCACCAGGACUCCCCGGUCACCAGUCUUAGAAACUGGGUGGAUGGAGUUUUCCACGACCCCAUUCUCAGGCACAGCACUUUGAACCGGGCCUGGGCCACUGCCAAAGGCGCCCUGCUGGACCCGGGGUCUCUGGGAAGCACGCUGGGGGCCGACGCCAACGUGCUGACGGCACCCCUGGCGCGCGCCUUUCCACCAGCCGCGCCCCAGGACGCCCCGGCUGCAGGCCCCGCCCGGGAGCUGCUGGCCUUGCCCAAGGCUGGCGGCAAACCCUUCUGCACUUAACGCGGAGCGGAGGGGGCUGGUGAGCCCAGAACAGAAGUGGCGCUCAAGCUGCAGGCACAGAUGGCGCAGACUGCUUUUUUACCGAGUUUCCAAAGGAAGACAAGAGCGUAGCCAAGGUAAAGCCGCCGCCCCACCCGAGAGGGAGGCUCCGAACUCGGUCUCCCCGACCACGCGCUGUCACGCAUGCCAGGUCCUCUGACACCAGGAAAUCUUGCGUUGUCCUGGGCCACCCCUGAACUCCGGAAUGGCAGGAGGGGUUCUCCCAGCAGAAGGGAGCCAUCCUGGAGCAUAAAGUUUACGUCAAAAAGUUUACACGGAGAAGGCGGCUCAGUUCCUGAGGCUUUGUUUUUCUAUUUCUUUCGGUUUGAAGCAUGCCGGUCUCCUCGUGAAGACCCCUCGGCCUGUGUACCUUCUGUUCCAUCCUCAGCACCUCAUUCUCACCAAUGGCACUUCCACCGAGUUUACACUGUUGCACACUCUUGACUCGAUAAAAUUAUGUUUUUUAAAAUGUAUGUUCACGCCAAGAAUUGCCUGCUUCAGAGGCUAAUAUAA